GGCUCAGCUUCUUGUCCGCUCUAAAAAACCCUCGAGAUGCCCGCCCUGGUCCGAACCCCCUCCCCUGUGCGGCGCGGAGCUGGCGUCGCCGAACCUCUCACGCCCUCGCAGGAGCGAAGCAGCCUGCCGCCUUCGAGCCCUCCUCCGGGCUUGGGGUCUCCAGGCCUCUUGGAUCGGAUCUACGAGCGCAAGCGCGCGGCGCUGGUGGACCUGAACGGCACGGCACUGAACGCCUCGCGGCGAAGGCUGCGGGAGGCGGAUCCGGAGGAGCAGCCGGAGGAGAAGGUGGCAGUGCAGCGCUUCACGCUGGUGAGCCGCGGGGCGCCCCCGGCGAAGCGGGGGAAGUUCGAGCACCAGCUGCUGCGGGUGCCGCCCCGGGCCUCUGCGCAGCUGGGGCCGGAGGUGCACAUCUGCCGCUGCAGCGACUGCGACAAGCACGGGGUGCGCCGCAGGCUCAGCGGACGGCGGACCUGCCGCCGGGACACGGAGAGUCACCCCGAGUACGCCCUGCUGCUGAACCUUACCGACCGCUUCGAGGCGGAGUGCGCCCGUGAGGGGGAGGGCCUGGUGCACGAGGUCUGCUGCCGCGAGAAGAGCGCCUACUUCAUCCUGGGCCCCGGGUCCACGACGGUGGGCUACGUCGCCGCGGAGGUGGCCGCGAACCGGAAGGUCGCGCGGAGGGUGCAAGACCCUUCUGGCCACGAUGACGACGAUAAGGUUCCCGUGGUGACGCAGAUCUAUGUCGAGCCGGAGUUCCGGAACCAGACCUACGCGACCCAGGCACUGCAGUUACUACUCCGGGAGCAUUCGGAGGUUCGUGUGGACGCCCCCUCCGACGCAGUGUGCCACAUCUUGGAGCGCUUGGGCUUCUGCCGGGCGGGCUGCAAGGAGGGGCCGGAGGGGAGACCCAUCGUCUCCUUUGCCCACAAGGGCAUCGAUGUGUGCUGAGGGUUUCGCGUGCAAAUGCGCGUCAGAUCGUAGGGAAUGCGGAAGAGAUGCAUGUGACCUCCACUCUUGUUCUUACCUAU